AUGUUCUUCUUCUUCGUGUGCGGCGAGCACACUUUCCGCAAGGAAGUACCAGGCUAUGAGGGCAUGGUAUGCCAAUGUCACCACUGUGGUAACAUGGCUGCGCAUGUGCAGAAGAGCAAUCCUUGGUUUACAUUCUGCUGGAUUCCGCUCAUUCCUUUGUCCAUCUCCGGCUACACCGAUGUCGCAUGCCGAAUCUGCAACUUUCAUCAACCGUUAGAGAAUCGCCCCGAUGUAAAGGCCAUGGCGAACGGCGGAGGACCACCACAGCAGCAAUGGGGACCUCCCCAAGGCGCACCUCAAGGGCAACAGCCUAUGCGAUAUGGUUAA